CUCACUCUUUCACCAGCACUCGCACUCACACACUUCACUCUCGCAGUCGCUGGCAACGGGGUGAGGAGUAUAGUACUUAUCCUGGUGCCGAAAAAAAAAAAAAACACAAGUGCUGAAUAAAGUGACAGUAAAAAAAUUUUUUUUUGAAAUCAACGUGACGAUGUGCUGACAUCAAGACGUAAUCAGGAGAGAACUAGUAAUUCUGACAAACACCGUCACUGUGUCACAAACGUCGUCGAAAUCUGACAGACAUUCCGUCAAUCUUCACUUCGCAAGAUGGCGCGUGGUAACAAUGUUUACCGUUCCCUCGCCUGCUUUUGCGUGCUGCUCCUGACAGGAAUCGCCCAAGGACUCCAGGUCGAUGAUGAGCUUUUGAUCGAAGUUGUCGAGAACGGAACGGUCGACGCUGUCGAGUUCGACUGUCCCUACACGAUCGAGGAGGAGGACCUCGGCCUCGCCGUCAAAUGGUUCUUCAGAGACAACCCCGUGCCCCUCUACCAGUGGAUCGCUGGACACGGACCUUCGCACCUGGGCUUGUUCUCCGACCGUAUUGACCUCGCAUACGAGUCAUCUGAUGACCCGGACCAUAAGCACAGCGGCCUUCGACUUCUGAAUCCGACGACAGACAUGUCUGGGGACUACAGAUGCCAAGCGUCCACUUUCGACGUCGAGUUGGAAAUUCCCAGGAAGCUUGUGGUUUACAGCAAACCGUCGAACGUCGAAAUCUGGACCAAAGAGGAAGGAGAAGACAGCGUCCGCGUCUUCUGCAAAGUCAGGGACAUCUAUCCCGAACCCGAAGUCACUUUUCACAUGAUGUCUGAGGAUGAGAACGACAGGGCUAAACUCGAGGGCGUGGACGUCGUCAAGUCCUGGGACGACAACCUGUACCACGCGAUGGUCGAGGUCCUGGUGAAGGAGGAGGAGUUGGACGGGCCCACCCACUUCGAGUGCGAGGUCACCAUUCCUCACACCGAGGUCUUCGUCACCAAUAAAACUCAUUACGAGCCGAGAGCAAAGGUUGGGGCUGGUAAGGAUGAUAUGAUUUCUGGGAGCGAAGCUCAUUCUGCCAUGGCAGUCGUCGUAAGCUUAGCCUUCCUGGCGAUUUGGCGAUUUUAAAUUCUAGGUUCAUCAUACCGCUAAUACGACAAAGACUUGAAGCCACAGUGUUCAUAUUGAUCCGGAGAAGAAACAGGGCGUGAGGACCUUUGAUUUUUCUGCGGGUCGUGCCAUCUAUACCCGAGAUAACUUUCUCUUUGUUUUGUCGGGUUGUCCCUGUCAGAGGACUCGGGCUGAGUGAUAAUUACCCCAAUCGAUGUGACGAUGUUUUGGUCACUGAAACUUUUCAUUCGACUCCGAUGCUUGACAGUAUUGUCCCCUGGAACAGUUAUUCGACUCUUUCCGUAGGAAGUAAAAUAUCAAAAGUUCAAGCAGAUCGGUGACAACAAACAACAAGAAGCCUCAGAUGUCGCUUUUCACUGCAGCCUUGGGGGCGCUCGACAGUGUUUAAAACGUCCAUUGAUUACCAAGUUUUCCUGUCUAGUGCGUAACUUUAUCUGGAAACAAAAUGGCACCCAGAAGUCUAAUGUCUGACAAUUUACCAAAUCAGUGAAAUCUUGUAACAUCUGGAUGAAGUUGUUGCAGAUGGUCUUCCAUUCUUGUGGAUGGUGUAAGUGCCUUGUUAGAUUAUUUAGAAAACCUGCCGUUCACGAGGCAAGAGUUUGUGAAGCUCGGGCAAUUACAAAACCACAAAGACAAUUCUCUUAGACAUCAGAGUCUUUUCAUCUCAGGCCAAGUUCACAAGCCACUCCUCAGAAGUGUGGUGCAGCUGUCAAAUAUCAAAGGACGCUUCCUACAGCAUCAUGGGCCUUAGUCUGAAAAAGAUCGACAGCUGUCAGCUGCGACCACGAAAAGAUCGGUGACUUGAGUCUUGGUCUAGAGUGAACAUAUUGUGAAUAGUAAUUUAGUCAGAGAUUAUAGUCAAUUUGUGCAAUGGCCAGUAUGAAUCUCAGUAACGUAGGGAAACCAUUUUCACAAUCAAAGUGCACUUAUUUAUGAAAUAGAUCAUUAUUUUGCUUACUGUACUUACUUCUGAGAGGAAUAUAUACAUCAUUCAUAGACUUUGCAUGGCUUGUGUUGAUUUGUUUAAAGCUAAAAUAAUGCGUACCAGAAUCCGGCGGUGUAAAUAAUUUGCUUGUACAAUAAUGAAAAAAAAAAGUUUGAGUAUUUGAAUUCUUGAUGACAGUGUUAAACCGUAUGAUUGUAAAUCACGCGGAAGAUCUUUGUUUUAUAUCGUAUGGGAAUUAUUUCCUUUUAAUUCUAUAUAUCGCAAUCUUCAUUCAUUCAUAUCACUUACAAAUAUUUUCCCUUUUUCAGUUUUGCAAUCAGCGAUUUGUUUGUUGCUUUGUCACACAAUUAAUAUUCUUUUUAGCCUUAUCACAUCACUGAAAUUUUCAUAAAGCUCUAGAUUCUACGAUCUGAUCUGUUUACAAAAUAAUUAGAAAUGUUUAGCCAAAGACAUUUAUUUGGCGGCCCUCUGUCUUCAAAAACGUUUGCAUGCCUUCUCAGUGAAAGAUCUUUGAAUGCUGAGUGCCAUAACUUACUUUUCGUAAUAUUCUGUAAGAGUUUGUUAAGGAGCCUAGAAAGUUCACCAGAUACUUACUCUAUUGGCUUUUUCUUAUACAAGGAGGGCUAAUUCUACACUUUAACUUGCAUCUCAUCUGGGCUUGGAGCUUAAGUGAAUAAAGCUUUCUUUUGUGGGCGAGUACGUCGUAUUUGAUCCGAGUACCCAAAUUCCGCCUCAAUAUUUAUUUUUGGUUUGUAAAUAUCGCUGGGAUGAGUAGCCCAACUUCCUUGAAGCCCAAAGGAAAUCAUGGUAACUUAAUAUUGAAAUAGGAAAAACACAUUGCUAUUAUAAAACAGCAGCAAUAGUGCGGAAAGCGGUGAUUUUUUAAGCCAUGGAAACUUAUCUUAAUUCCAUCACUCACUGAGCAAUUAUUCUUGCACUUAAUUGUUAUUUUUGUGAUAAGCUAAUGAAGGAUUCACCUAGAAUCAUAAAGAACGUUUCUUUUACAUUUGAUUCAUCAUGCAUUCAUCCUCAUUUUCCUUAUGGCUCUCUUGUUAUACAUAAGCAAGUGUUAAUGAAUGUGUUAGUUUGAAUGAUGAUACAAACGAAUGGAUCAUGCUUUUAAGAAAACUACGAAGCCAUGAAUUAUAAAAUCAAUGUCACUAAUAUAUAACUUGCUUUGUCUGUAUGAAUUUCUGGUUUAUACCUUCAUAAGGCCUUGGCAUAUGUAUGUUGUUGCUAGUCAUAUGCUAUUUUAAGAAAUAAAAAAUAAAUUUGACCUGCU